CAUGGCUUCUUUUUGUUUCAAGCAAAAUUUCAAGCUUCUCUUUUAUUUUUCUCUCUUGUGUGUUUUCUUUUUUCUACUUCCUUUACUUUUUCACUCCUUGAAACCAUUCCUUAUGCAAUUUUUCAGCAACAUCAUUGACAAGAGUUACAUGUUCCUUCUCAGCAAUACACUUCUUGGUUUUAUAGCAUUUUAUUCUAGUAUAAUCAAUUCAUCUUCAUCAACAACUUACCAAAGUAUCGAAUAUGUUAUCGAAAGCGAAAAGGGUAGUCGGUUCGAAUUAUAUGAAUCAGAAUCAGAUGCUGCAGAACCAAUUGCUGUGGAUAACUUUAUGGAAAAUGAAUCCCAAACAGAAGAAGAAAAUAGUUUGAUGAUAGUGGAACCAGAAAAUGUGAUUAUAGAUUUAGAAGAAGAUCAAGAAGACGAAAAUGCCCUUAUGAUAAUUGAUGAAUAUGACACAGAGGAAUUAAACAAGAAAUGUGAGGAUUUUAUAAAAAAGAUGAAAGCUGCAUUCUGUUCUGAUUCAAGAGCUGAGAAAAGUUUUUAUUUUGAUUAUUAUCAGAAUCAGAAAUCACUUGUGCUUGUUAAUUAAUUGAGUACCAAUGGAAUCUUUAUCAGAAAAA